UGACCGUUGGGCGGCGCCGCGCGCCCCCUGAGCUGCUGAGGGGAGCCACGUCCGGUCCCCCGCCCCCGCCCUCCGGCUGGAGCGGCGGCUGCUGCGGAAGUUUCUCGACGUCUUCCCGUCAAGCUGGGAAUAUGGUGUCUCUGUCGGCUAACGGCAGCGGUGUGCUUCCGGAUUGCUUUGAGCCCAGUCAUGUCCAGCCGGGAGCCUUGCUCCCACCCGGAGGUGGCCAAAAGCAGUGGCAUGGAGAUAUCACUCAGGAUCUCCGAAAUCAUCUUGUUCAUAAAUUAGUGCAAGCCAUAUUUCCUACUCCUGACCCUGCAGCACUGAAGGAUCGGCGUAUGGAGAACCUGGUGGCAUAUGCUCGGAAAGUGGAAGGAGAUAUGUAUGAAUCGGCAAAUAGCAGGGCAGAGUACUACCACUUGCUAGCUGAGAAGAUCUAUAAGAUUCAGAAGGAAUUAGAAGAAAAACGAAGGACCAGGCUGCAGAAGCAAAACAUGAUACCAAAUGCACCGGGCAUGCCGCAGGCUCCCAUGAAUCAAGGGCCCAGCAUGGGACAGCCCCAGCCAGGGAUGUCUGCAACUCUGGAGGAUUGUUUGAGAGACCUGAGCCUGGAGGAUCACUGACACUGCUGAAAUCUGCCAAUCAAGGUGCAUGCAGCAGGAUUUAAGAGAUCACUGCCACCCUCAAACUGUAAUUAGGAUAUUGCCCCAAUCACUGCUCAGAAUACUCCAUGUGAUUAGCACUGAUAGUAACUCUCCUUUGCUAACAGAAUGACAGGCUGUAGCCUUGUUUUAGAGCCUUUGGAUUGUCUGAAACAGCAAUCCAUAUAGCUCUGUAACAUACAUAAGACUUUGAACUAAGCUUUUUCUUGCUACUUGACCUCAGGCCGCAGCUAACACUUUAUUAUAUGCGCAAGAUAGGAACUGUGCAUGUUUCACACAUUUGUUCAGCUACUCACUACAAAAUCAAUGCAGGCAUUUAUUUACUUACUUUUUACAGUGUGAGCAGAAUGAAGGUGAUAACAAUAACAAAAAAAGGAGUAGAAUGGGAAGUAGAACCAACUCCAGGGAACAUACCUUCUUCUUAAAAGAGAAUGAUUGCCAGAAACAUACCGAGAGACACUUACUUCUUGGCUGUUCUUGACAGUGAGCUGGGAUGAGGGAUGUUGCUAGCAACAAGGCUAAGACCACAGUAGUUUCCUGUGGAGGAAAAAAAAAAUCCCAAGAGGGACAGAAGCCAUUGUACUAUAAAGAAGCUAUGAUAUAAAUGCAUACAAAUUUUAAAACCUGUUGCAUAGUACAGUGAGCACUUCCAGAGCUCUGCUGCAUAGGGGAUGCUUUUUUGCCAAAUAAAAUGUCUGUAUCUAUUUA